UACUGGGGAGGUGCAGCUCCUCUCACAGCCCAGGCAGGUCUCAGUGCAGUCACAGGACCUCCAGGAGAAGCAGCACCAUGGGUCUGGGAGUAUUCACCUCCAAGAGUUUCCUCAUCCUGCUCAGCCUGGUGUUUGUGGCAGCGGCUGCUGGACUGGGUUAUGUCGGAAUUAAGGUUAUUGUCACCUAUAAGCAAUAUGAGGACUUCCUGGGAAACGCAUACGUGAUGCUCCCUGCUAUAAUCGUCCUGGCUGUAGCUGUGGUUCUGUUCAUCAUUGGGCUGCUCGGCUGUUUCUCUACUAUCCAGGAGUCCUGCUGUGGCCUGGGAUGUUUCAUGUUCCUGAUAUCCAUUAUAUUUGCUGCUGGAGUGAUUGCCCUCAUAUUAGGACUCGUAUACAAAGAUAAGAUCAGUCCAGAACUCCAUAAGAACAUGGAUGAAUUGUUUGCGCAGUACAAUGGGAAGAAUACACAGAGUUCAGCUGUUGACUUCAUCCAAGAAGAGUUGCAGUGCUGUGGUGUGAACAACUACACCAGCUGGCAGAACACCACCUGGAUGAAAACGAACGCCAGUCUACCGUUAAGCUGCUGUAUGAACGCAACGGACUGUCGUGGAAAGCUGGAUGCUCUAGACAAGAUCAACCAGGAGGGCUGUGAAGUAAAGUUGGAGACUGUGGUCCACCAAGUAAUGAGCUUCUCUAUGCUAGUCAUACUGGGAUUUGCUGUGAUUGAGUUACUUGGCUUGAUAAGCUUGUGCGUCAUCUACCGCAGAAGUGCAACAGAAGGAUACCAGCUGCUCUAGGACCUACUGUGGUUUAUAAAGCUUCAGGAACCUCUAUUAAAGUACAGUGGCCUUACGGAUGAUGUUCGAUGGAUCUAUUGCACGGCAUUCUUAUCACUGGACCUGCUCUGUGUAAAUAAGGACUAGAACUCUCUAAACUUCUAAUUUCAAUUGUAAAAUGGAAGUGGCAAUAGCCUGUAGUACUAACUUUUUUUUUUAAUUUUAUUUUUUGUUUUCAUUUUUGUUUUUUUAAUGUUUGUGUAUGUGUCUGCAUUUCUGUAACUUUUGGAAUAAAACAAUAAGUAAUGUGUAA